AUGUUCAACAGUCAACCACAAUUCACAAUAAAAGCUGAGAAAAACAAAGCAUUUGACCAAUCCUGUCAUAUUGGAACGUUCAACAUUAAAAGUGGAAACAUAGCAGAUUGUCUGGAGCACUGUUUGGAGAACUGUCGGUGUCAGUCGUUCCAAAUUUGUAACAAGACCAAAUGUCAACUGUGUUCAAGUCACAAGAAAGAGAACGGUUCAUUGCUUCAUGACGAAGAUGGCUGCACCUAUGCUACGUACGAAAUGCGACAUUUGACAGGACAUUUGCAGGUGUGUAUAUGCGUUGAUUACAAUAAAUUGUUUUAAUGCUAAAAAUUACAUUUCAGGUAACAGAAACAUUUCAGGUAAUGCAUUUAACUAUAAUCCUGGUCAAUUGUUGUGGAACGAGUUUCAGAGUUCUUAUGUUCUUUAAUUAAAAACCCUUGCCUACAUCCUUUGAAUGCUGUAUUGUUUGAUCUGCAUGGUCAUGACACAAUGAUGACUUAUUCACAGCCACGUCAACAUUGAAACGGGGAGAGGCGGGAUUUGGUGCAUAGAGAAUCGGAGAUACGAAAACUUGGGCACGCUCUUAUAAUAUUAUCGCACGUUCCACAAACAAAUGGCCAUGAUUACGGCUCAAAUAUUAUUGAACAAACAAGCAAAAUUAAAUUUACAUGUGUCAUAUUUUUGAGAUAUUUCAGUGCGAGUUCUCUGUAAAUAUUAUACAUGUACUUCUAAUAUUUUGUUAUUAAUAUUCACGAUAUAUAACCAUUGAUAUUAAAUUUUCUCGUCUUAGAAACUGGACGACCAUUGUUCAGGCAUGAGUUGUUCAAUGAAGUACAACUGUUGUCAACAAUCAGAUCUCUGUCCCAACAACAAAAUAUGUAAACCAAUCAACUCCCAAGAACAGCCCUGGAAACGUUUUACCUGUGAAUGCCCCGAGGGUUACCAUGGAGCCAAUUGUGACGAGCCAAUUACGUCAUGCCAAGGAUAUACCAAAGGUUCCCAGGUAUCGGGCAUGUACAAAGUAGUCGAUUCUGUCGGAGGCCCAUUGUAUGAAGUAUACUGCCAUUUUGAUUCUGAUGGUGCUUGGACUUUGGUGCAGUCUUACAGUUUUGCAAAUAAAUCUCUUGAUCAGUUCAAGAAAUCUUUAGCGAACAACCUUCCUAUCAGUGAAAAUGCUCUGACAUGGAGCCGCUAUCGUCUUAGAAAACCGAGAAUGAAGUCUAUUAAAAAUAAUUCAUCUUUUCUGCAGUUUACCUGUGACUACGAGAAACACUUUGUUAUAGAGAAAUCCGACUUUGUUCAAAUACCGCUUGGAAAGAUUGAAAAGUCGUAUGGAAGUGAAAACGUCGAUGUUCUUGAGAACAUCGUUACAUCUAUGAUUCGCAAUGCCAAUGGGCGGGGUAAAAUUGGAGAAUACAAUUUAAGUGAUUGUGAAAUUAAUCUUUCUCAGACUUCGAACUGGCCCUUGCAUGUCCAUACGUUCAACUGUUUGUCUUGUUCCGGCACUAAGCACGAUUAUUUUGGCAACUAUAAUCCUCCUUCUGCUUGUGUUAAAGCAGUACAUCGUUGCGUACAGGAUGAUAAAUCUACGACCCAGCUUUGGUUUGGCAUGAGUAAGGAUAGCACAGCACAACCACCUCCUGGAGACGCAACUGAAACAUCCGGCGGUUCAGUUGAAGCCACAACGGAUCACAGUCAUACUUAUUAUUAA